AUGCAGCAAUAUGUUCGCGAGUAUUCUGUUCAGCUACGCUCUUUAUGGGAAUCGGACAGAGAGCCAUCUGAUAGGAUUCUAAUCUCAACAAGGGAAGCAAUCAACUUUAUGAAACAUGGGGGUACUUUGAUAUGGAGAUUAAAUGUCCCAAUAGAUUUCUAUGAGCCUUGGAACUUCGAAGCAGCCACAACAUUUAUUAAAAUAUUGCAACGGAAUCAGCAGUACUGUAAAAGGAUGGUACAGUCUGAUGCAUUUAUUAAGCUUCAUUCGGAACGGAAAUUUGAUUUAGUUGUCGUAGAUCACAUCGUUCAGGCGUGCACAACCGUGAUGGCGUCAUUCCUGAAUGCAAGUACAGUUCAAUAUUCAAAUUGGCCAGUAUGUGAUGGAUACAUUGCAAGUUUCAAUGUACCUUCAAAUCCGUCCUCUGUCCCCAGAACACUUUCGCCUUUUUCUGGGAUUUCGAUGAAUUUCCUUCAGAGAGCAUUCAACACUUACUUCUACAUUGUCAUGUCUGUUCUCAGAAGUGUGGAGGGUUACGUGACAUCGAGACUUUAUCGCAGUAUUGGGAUAACUGGUGUAGAUAUCUUUGACAUUGAAGCAAAACAAAUUCUUUACGGGACUCGUUCAGGUAUUUUAUUCGAAAGUGCUCGGCCAUUAACGAAUAGAAUCAAGUAUUUUGGAUGUCCAUCGUGCGGGUAG